GCUUUUUCUCACACACACACACACACACGCUCAUACACAAAUACACACAGGAAAAGCUGGAGACAGUCUCUACAGCACCUCACACAGCAGCCACAGUGCUCCUCGGCGGCCCAAAUGGGAUCCUCCUUUACUUUGAUAGACGCUUAAUUACGCAUGUGACGGCACGCAGAUGUCUGGGAUGCUCCAGCUCAAAGUUCUUCUGAAUAACUCGCUGACUGACUGAGUGACAGGAUCCGAGGGGAGGCAGACGUUUAAAGAGCGCCCUGACGUGUACAAAAGUGGACAAUAUCUGUGAAUCAAACAACGUUCAGCUAUGGUCCGUCUGACCCUCUGCAUGUUCAUGUUAACAGCCAUCAUGGCCUCCAGUGGAAUGACUCAAGCAAACAUCACACAGGAGGUCGCUAGCACCCUCUUUCCCAUCUCCACCAUUACCCCCAUUGGGCCCAUCAGCCAAGCAGGAAAUCUCCCAGGCUCUCCGAGCCACUCAGGAGUCAAUCGCACCAAACACUUUCCAACCUGUAAAGAACCCACAUCCAUUAAUGAUACCUUCAAGGUCAUCAAUACCUUCAUCUCAUGUGUGGUGUUCGUGGUGGGCUUGGUGGGAAAUUCCACAGUGCUGAGGAUUAUCUACCAGCACAAGUGCAUGAGAAAUGGACCUAAUGCUCUGAUUGCAAGCCUAGCACUGGGUGACCUCAUCUACAUCAUCAUAGACAUUCCCAUCACCGUCUAUAAGCUUCUGAUGGGAAACUUUCCGAUGGUCGAGACAUCGUUUGGCCACAUCCUGUGUAAACUAGUGCCCUUUCUUCAAAAGGCAUCAGUGGGCAUUACGGUGCUGAACUUAUGCGCGCUCAGCGUGGACAGGUACAGGGCUGUUGCCUCGUUUAGUCGUGUUCAGGGAGUCGGCAUUCCUUUACUCACUGCUGUUGAGAUUGUGCUCAUCUGGGUGCUGUCAUUUAUUCUGGCCGUGCCUGAGGCUAUCGGGUUUAAAGUCGUGAAAUUCGACUACCACAACAUGACUUUACAUACCUGUAUGCUCAAACCUCCUGAUUACAGGUUCAUGCAGCUAUACGUGAAUGUAAAGGACUGGUGGCUGUUUGGAUUUUAUUUCUGCAUGCCACUGGCCUGCACAGCAUUUUUCUACACCUGCAUGACCUUCAAGAUGCUUAGCCACAGGAAAGGAGCGCUCCGGAUUGCCUUAAGUGACCACCUCAAACAGAGGCGAGAGGUGGCCAAGGCUAUUUUUUGUCUGGUCCUGAUUUUUGCACUCUGCUGGAUCCCCCUGCAUGUCAGCAGAAUCCUGAAGAAACUUCUACCUGAUUCGAAUAAGGAAAACCGCUGUGAUCUGUACAGCUCUCUAUUGGUGUUGGACUAUCUUGCCAUAAACCUGGUCACCAUCAACUCUUGCAUCAAUCCCAUCAUCCUCUACACUGUCAGCAAGAAGUUCAAGAAUUGCUUCAAGUCUUGCUUGUGUUGUUGGCGCAGCUCAAAGAACCAAGUCACCAGCAUGGGGCAGAUGAAUGGCACAAGUAUCCAAGGCAAAACCCCAGAACCCAAAAACUUCCAGAUUGAUCGUGUCAUCCGGAAGUACAGCUAUUAAACAAUUGGAUGACCUGUACAGCUUGCUGGUACUGGGAUUCAAACUCACAACCGUCCAGUACAUAAUCCAGAUCCCCUAACCACCGAGUCACCACUUCUCACUUAUAGAACCACCUCUGUCCUGGAAGAUCAAUCAAACCGAGGUUUCAUCAGAACCAAGAUUUGCUGACAGAAUGAAAGUCAACCAUUUAAAGGACAUUAGUACUAUUCUGUGCUGGACACAGAGUGACCAAAGCUGCUUAUACUGUAAACUGUGUAUAUUUCACCACACACUACACAAUGCGGCUGAUGUAUGCAAAUUCUUGCUCCCAGAGCAAAAUUCCCAGGAUCUUCCAGGGAAGUUUUGCUGCGCGAGAAAGGGCAAGGGUGGAGAAGGGUCAGCAGGAUGCAGCUGAACAUCAACUAUAAAUGAACGCAAUCAGAGGCCCAGGAAUACACUAAAACUAGGCUACACAAAUACAUGCAUAAGCUAUGUGUACCCUUUCUCAAGGGACAGGAAACUGGAGGAAGGAAGAGUCAAGUAAUGUGUUGCAAAUCCUACAUAUGGGUGUAAAUAUAUAUUAGACUAAAAAAAACUCCCUCUUCCUUCCCAUUGCUGCUUAAAUCCAGAUUUCUAAAUGUAGAUCUAUUCAUAUCCAGAAUGGAUAAUGGAUUUUAAUUUCAAUACUCACAUCCCUCUCUUCAGACUGUCAAAACCUUUUGAAUAGUGGGUUUCCUAACCUGGACGUCACUUUUGCUGUACUCGGAUGUACUGCUUUCUGAGGGACAAUUGGAGUUUUGUGGAAGCAGACUCAACAGCACCACCAAUGGUCAUGAGAAAAAUACAAAGAAUGAAAUGAAGUAGCAAGAAGGAGGACUGGGAGCGAUUUCUUUCUAACCCAGACUUGUACAUCAUAUCAGCUUUUCCUGCUAACUAGCAUACAGCUCAACGCAUUAGCUUCCAGGUUAACUAGAUAGUUAGCGAUGAAUAAUAAUGGACAUUAACAAUAAUGUGAAAUUUUUAACAGACUUAACACAUCCACUUAUUUCUUGUAUUUAGAAAAUAGAAAAGUAAGAAAAUGGCUUUUUUUCAUAUAAAUGUAUUUUUUUUGUGUGUGUCUGUUUGUGUUUGUACUAUUGUGUACCAAUUACAAAACUGUAGUGUGCAAUUCAAAUAUAUGUAUACAGAAUUCUUCCCAUCUGCUAGUCUUGUCAUAUUAGAUGGGUGAGACUCAAUGAGUACAGACUGCACACAGUGUUCUUCUUCCUUCUAGCAACCACAAAGAUCAAGCUUUCACCCAUCUGUUUAUAGUUUUAUAAAAACUUCCGGCUCUUUUGAUGAUCAUCCAAGUGUUUUAUUCCAAAGCUAAAACAAACACUUAUGUCAGGAGUUGUUUAUGUCCUGCAACUCCGCCAAACACUGCUUUAGUCCUGCAUUUUUUUUUCUCCAUGAACUGAUAUAUUCUGAUAUAUUCAGAGGGUAAACUUGUCUAUGGUAACGUUUUUUGUUUUGUUUUGUUUUUUCUUUUUUUUUUUUUACAUUUGUCCCUAUUUCUAAAACCACUGUUCUUUGCAUUUAGAUUGAUUACCAAAUCUAAAUUAGAAAUAUAGCUACACGAAGCGAUUAAGGGUCCAAGCACUUUCUGGUCCCGUAAAAACCAGAACCCUUUGGAACUAGAAGCCACUAGGAUUAGUAGCGUUAAUAAAAUAUUAAGAUUAAUAUAUUAAGAUUUUUCCACAUGAUUUAGACAGAGUAUUUUGAAUAUUAAAAAUCUAAGUUUUGUUUGGUGUGGUAUCACAAUUCUUUUACCCAGUGAUGCCAAACAAAGGACAUUUGCCAGUUUGAAUAAUCAUGGCAAUCGUAAAAUUUGCUCUUUAUUUACAAUUGAAUUUUAAAUUCAAUUUGCAUUUCAAAGAGAAAUUUCAAGAGAUCAGCACUCACUAUCAAUAGACCCAGGAAAUCAGAGAAAAUCAAAAAAAAUUUAUUUUUCAUUGCACUGUAUAUGAUUUGAGGUAUUUCUGUUAUUGUGCUCUGUAUAAACUUGCUUCAGUAUUUUUUAAGUACCACUUCAUAUCAAUCCUUUGGAUGAGUUCAGAAAUUCUCUGUUGACACUUAACCGAAAUGAGAAUGUGCUCGAUUAAAGCUUGAAAACUUUUUUGAGAGCUUUUACUUUGUUAAUGAGGACUUCCAUUUGGGUUAGCUUGUCCUGACUAGCUCUUUGGUUAGAAAGACAGAGGAUAAUGACUUUUGACCUUCUUCAGAUUUUAGAAUAAGCUCACAGAGGCUAGCCAACUUCAACAAACCCUUGGUAAUAAUGUUGAAAAAAAAAAUGGGGGGGUAGAGACCAUUUCUAAGUUCAGAGCGAGGGCUUGGGAACGAUGAGGCCUCAGCAUUAAAGUGAAAAACAGCCAAGAGAACUAAAAAUGUCUCUUUAUUUAUAACACUGUGAAACCGUACACUUACCUAAUACUCAGUGUAUACAUGUUGUAUUAUUUCUAUUGUACACUAUUGAAGUAUAUAAGUCUAUAAAUAUAUUCUGAAAUUUAGCAGCAGUUUUAUAUCGAUUUCUUGUUUAAAGUUUAAAUAAACACACGUAUAUGGUUUAGAGCUGCAGUAAAUUGUGCAAAAAAAAAGUUUUUGUGUUUUGUUUUUUUUAACUUGUAUUGUACAUGAAGAAUAAUCGCACUUUUCAUCAAAGAUUACUUUGAUUAUGUAGAUUUAGGUUUAUACUGUAAAGCAUUGCACACACAGUAUGCAGUGUAUUAGUGUCCUCGGUGUUAGUUUAUCAGCUGUUUAUUUUUGCAUAUAGUCAUGACUAUAGAAUUGAACAAAUCAAUUCAAGAACAGCUCGCUUCUGAUUCAUUUCUGAUAUGGAUCGCAUCAGAGUCAACCUUUGACCUAUUCAAGGUCAUCUGAGUUCUGCCUAAGGAUUCAUCCCUCGCUGAGACCCAGAAAGGGAUAUUAAUAUAUGACUGACUCAUUAAGUUGUUAUUCAAAUAAUCAUUUUGCUUGUUAUUGACCUGGUAUUUGUCUCAGUGCUUUUAAUAUGUUCAUGUACAGUAUGUCUUUUUAUUUUCAUUAAAAUAAAAAGUUUAUGCAA